AUGUUCGCCAUGCUCGCCAACAACGAAUACGUGAAUCGGAACGCGGACUACGUCGGAGUCGAGAUUCCGAUCGGCGUCGUUCCGCGGAUCGCCGCAGUCGUCCCGUUGGUCUAUCACAUUCCGACGGUCUAUGUGAUGGGCAGCAUAGUGACCGUCUACUAUUCGACUGCGAUCAGGAAAAAGGACACGACUCUCAAUCCACAUGUCAUGUUGACUAUUGUACUCCAUCAGUUCUCGGUACGGGUUUGCAACUGAACGCCUACGAAACUAAUUACGCCUCUCUAAAGAACUUGCUUUCCUAAUGGCAAGCAGAUGAUUUUCCAUCUGAAGCAAUGAUAAUUCUCAAAUUUCUCAAAACCAAGUCUAGCGGAGCUGGUUUGCUUCUAAUUCGGUACUACACUGUAGCAUCCUUAGUCCGGUCAGGGAAAGGCCCCAGCUUUCAAAUAAGUGGACAGUGGGAACCAGAGAAAUGAAGUUUAGUUGAGUUCCGGAUGUCCAUGUUGAUCUAGAUUCCUAUUUUAGUCCAGCCCGGCUUGGCUCAGUCGCUUGCACUUCGGUUAGCCCUAGAUAUCAUAGUUUUCGCGGAAACUAGCACAUCCAAUUUGCAGACGUUCUUUUUCAUGCUCUCCGACUACAUCAACUACCGUCUCCCGUCGACCGGAAUGAUGACUUCGUGGUGUGCGUCUCAGGAUCCCAACCAUUUCCUCAAAAUCCUUUUCUGGACAUCCACCUACUUCUACUCGCUCACCAACGUUUUCCCAUUCUUGCUGGCUGUCCUCAGACUCGCACCCAUUCAUUAUCCGACUACUUGCGAAGAGGUUUGA